UCUGCGCCAGUCCUGUUAUACCAGUGCGGCGUAUGGACGUAUCAAGAUGGCGCCAGCAACGUACUAUUCGCGGUGAAAAAUACUAUAGUCGAAGUUGUGAUCUUCUACUAAAUAAAUAAAAAAGUGAAUUUUAAAAAGUUACAGUGCUAGGAUUUCAUUUAAAUUUCGAAUUUGUAAACAGUUGUGUUGACAUUGUAUAAAGUUUCGCCGUACUGGCCAGUGACAUUUGGAUGAAAUUGUGUUUUUCGUUCGUUUUUGCAUCUAUUUGGAUUCUAAUUGGACCUAUCAGAAUGGUUUAACAUCAGAGUUCCUAAACUUCAAUCUUUAUCAGGUGGCGCAACAGAGCACGCAAGCACGGGGAAUCUCCUUACUCUCUCGCACACACAUUAUUUUCCAAGCUGGGUGCGCCAUGGACUCGGAGAGCCGCAGCGAGUCGGCUCUGAAUAGCCCUACGGAGCCGGACGUGUCUCUCGCGGCCUCACUCACGGACCCUCUAGAGGCCCACACCCUCGAUGAGGCCAGAAGAACUAUUAGAGAUCUCCGUAUGAAGUAUCGUGCGCAAGCGCACCAACUUCUAACAUGGCGUCGAGCGCAGCGCAAUCAAGAAGAAAUGGUUUCUCGCCUGCAAAGGGAGAAAGCAGAACAGCUAAAAUCUUUGUCCAGCCAGCUCCUCCUCUUUGAGUCCCGGCUCGUUCGCAAGCAGAAAGAAAUAGCUAACAUGCUGGCGUUCCGAGAAACCAUCAUCAUCAAACAACAGAAAGUCAUCGAGUCACUUCAAGCCAAAUUACUUGAACACGGCAUCGAUACUUCACAAACCAUUCCGGAUUUUCGUGACAUGCUCCAAGAUACUCACAUAACAGGGGACUUCGAUUCCUUGAAUGAUUCAGAUUCGGCUGUUAUUAUGGAAGAUAUGGACUCUGAUUGCAGCAAUUUGACCCACAUUCCACGGUUCAGAUCAGCCAACCCUGAUAGUGUCACUAUAGUCCGGUCAAUAUCCGAUGCUAUUGACCCAAACCUAAAGUACAGUAUUGUCAGGCGAUCGAACGGCUUCUUGCGGAGACCAGAGAUUUUGGAGACAGUCUACAGUGUGGAAGAGGAAGCUGAUGGCGAUUCUACUAAAGGUUUAAGUGCACAGAAUAGUACGGAGAAGGAACUGAAAGAUGCAAACAGAACUGACGAAGAGAAGUAUAAAGAAACGAGCCUUUUAGCUCAACGACGGGAUAAUUUCCGAAUGAGGAGUGUUGUGCUCACAGCAGAGGUAAAAAGUAUAGAUAGUGAUAAGGAACUCAAACAGAAAAACGAGAAAGACACCUGGUCAUAUAGUUUCGUGCCAAAAAGGAUGACUCCUGCCAAUGAUUCCGACGAAGAAGUUACAUCGAAUGCUGAAAGCGAGGAAGGGGAUCAGGAAGCGAAGUCGACACAAGUAGUAACAUACAACAGAGUGAUGUCUAAUCAUAGAAACGUCACAAAACCCAAAGACGUGAAAUAUAAGAGGAUAAAUAAGGCAAAGUCGAAAAGUUUAGAAGAACUCAGGGGUAGGUUAAAGAACUGGGUUGACAAAGGGAAUAAGUUAUCAAACAUACCGCUGGAACAUGCCCAGAGUUAUGCUUGAACGACCUUCAAAGUUCCUUUAAUUAAGUUCAACGUGUGAAAUUGUUAAAUGUCGAAAGUUUACGAGCUUAGAUGUUGUUUAAUGUUCGACAACAGCUUUAGCAAACAAUACUGAAGAAACACAAUGUCAUUUCACACGUUUUUUGAAGUUUUAAUUAUUUUAAUUCGAGGCUCAAAUUACGUGGAAAUUGAACAAACGUUUUAGGAAACUUUUGAUCUUUGUUCAAUUUUCAUGAAGUUUAGUCUUUUAGAUGAAUGCAAAUUCGAUGUACCUUUACAUAUAGGGUUGUACCUAACAGCUUUACUGAAAAAGCAAACGAUAUUGUCACACUAUUCUUGAUACCCAAACUAUUGUAAAUAAUUUCGUAACAUUUUAAAAUCUUUGAAAUAUAUAAAUCUAGAAUAAUCAAGAAUAUUAACUUUACAGUUUUCUGUUGAAAUUAGAAACCAUUUAGGAAAAUCACUUAAAAAGUUUAUGAUAUGAUGUUUGUAACAUCGUAUCUUAACAAAGUUGAAAAAGUAUUCGUUCCAAAUCUUUUUUAAUUAUAAUUUUGUUCGAAGUUCUGUCUCUUAGACAUUUCCUGCAAAUAUUUUGUUCAAUUAUAUUAAAAUAUAUUUAGGUGCCUAUUAAAAAAAAAAGUAAAUAUACUUUUUUCAGAAAUAUUCAACAGAAAACUGCAAAGAAGAUUUUAAACUAAUUUUCUUGCACGACUGAAUAUAAGAUUACAGAAAAAAACAACACGAAAUAAAUCAUUUAUCGGAAUUGAAUUUUUUCUUGUCAUUGGCAAGUCCCAAUUUCACUUCAAAUUUAAAUUAUUUAAGAAGUAGUGACCAAUGUUUGUUCAAAAAUGAGAAAAAUAUUUAUUGUUGUAUUCACGUCUCGGUGCCAAUUUUUAAAGUAAGUACUAUUUUCAAUUAAAAUGUAAUAGGUACAUAUUAGUAUUAUCACUAAUUAUACAGGAUGGUAAGGUUUUUUUAAAUCUAAUUCGAUGAUGACUGAAUGAGUGAAUGAAUAAAAAAGAAACAAGUACUUACUUGGAUCUGGUUUCGGCGGACGGAUCGUAAAUAUACAUAAUAUUUCUAAUAUGUAACAAAACGAAGAUACUGAUAUUAUAUUUGUGUAUUUAUUAAUCGAAACCGUAAAAUAGCAUUUUGUAUUAUUUAAAAAAAUAUGUUAUUUUAUUUAUUGUAUUUGAUUUUAAGUAUUUAAAAAAUCAAUCGACAAAUUAAAAUAUUUUCUGAUAUUUUUAUGUUGUACAUAUUUUAUAGAUUUUAUUUAGUUUUUUAUUGUGCAAUGAAAAACGUGAUAUAAAUAUCUAUUUAGAUCUCGCCAAGCCUGUAUAAUUAGUUUAACAUAUCAUUUCUAGCUGUAUAUUAAAAAGGGCUUAAAUCUAUAUUUUAAUAAAUUUUAAAAUCGUGUAUGCUGUUUGUUCAAUUCUUAAUAGUCAGUGCCGAUAUCACAUUAAAAUAAACAAUUACGUGAUUCAA